UUUGUUUCCAUGUAUGUUAUUGUUUGUUUGUUUUGUGAAUAUGUGGAUGUGUUGAGUGUAUGUUGUUUAUAACAGAAUAAACUCCUGCCAAAACAAUCUCAUAUAUACAAAACAUAACAGAAAAAAAAAGCCAAAACGAAACAAAUAAAAGUAGCUAAUUGUAGAUUUUUUGGGGGCGGCUAAUUCAAGUUUUCCAAACAAGACAACAAAACAAUAUUUUCAUUCUGUGCUAAUUGUAUAUUAAAUUAAAAUAGCAGCAACAACAGCAGACCAUUGACCAAUAAAGGCAGAAUAUAGAUAUUGUCCUGUUUUUCCUGCUUUUUGUAGUUCAGUGAAGUUAUUUAUGUACUCUGUGUGUGUCAUUUGACCCGAGCAUGCAUUAUCCAGACCAUUUCUAUUGUAUUGCCUCAACACAUCAAACCCUAAACAUGAAGGUUUUUUGCUCAAUUUCAAUCAAAAUUACAUACAUUUAUAUUAUAUUAUAUAACUCUGGCAGCAGGUCCUGAGGUAGAGGAGGGGGCACAGUGAUGAAGAUGAUGAUGAUGAUGAGCUGUGGUCGGCUCUCUUGCAGCCACAGCGCCACCUGCUGUCCCACAGAGAAAGUGAGGUUUUCUCUUUGAGCAAAUGUUAAAAGCGCUUAUGCUGCAUUGGCACUGCGCUCUGCCAGUGAGUCAGCGUCAAAGCAGAGCUGCAGGUCAAUAAUCUCUGAUUAUCAUCAAUGCAUCAUUUCUCUCCUUUUUUUUAAAUCUUUUUUUUUUUUUUUUUUACAUCUUGUCCUUUUUUUUAGUCUGGAGGCUAACUAGUUUCUAAACGAACCAUGGAUCAGUUUCGUGGUUUAUUUGUUAAACUGGACCAAAACAAGGAUGGAUUCAUAUCUGUGGCGGAGCUCCACAACGAAAUGAGGAAGCAUGGGAUCCUCUCAGCGGAUGGGAAGGUCCAGAAUAUCAUUGAUUCUUAUGACAAAGACAAAGAUGGCCUGCUGGAUUAUGAAGAGUUCCUCAGCUACAUGAUGGACAGAGAGAGGAAAUGGAAAAUUUACUUUCAUGACCUUGACAAGAACAAGUGUGGGGUGAUUGACCAGGACGACAUCAUAUGUUUGUUUAAGGAGUUAGGAGUGGUCAUAUCAAAGCCGAAUGCAAAACAAAUAAUUCAAAUGAUGGAUAAGGACAGUUCGAUGACGGUGGACUGGGGUGAAUUCCUGCACCAUGUCAUCCUCAACCCUGUGGACAACAUCGGUGAGCUGGUGUCCUCGUGGAAACACAAUCUGGUUUUUGAUGUGGGUGAGAGCCGCGCAGCGUCCAUCGAGUUCCCUGAAGAGGAGUCUGGUUUUGGUGCGUGGAGGACGUUUGUCGUCGCAGCAGGACUGGCAGAUGCUGUAUCCCGAAGUGUGACGGCACCCAUCGACCGCCUGAAGACCCAACUUCAGGUUCAUGGAUCCAAGGCCUUCUCCCAAGGCUUUCAGGAGAUGAGGGCAGGUGGUGUGCGGUCGAUGUGGCAAGGAAACGCCGUCAAUGUGCUGAAAGGAACGCCACAGUCAACGCUACAGUGUCUUAUCUACGCCCAGAUGAAGGUGUACACCCAAAACAGAACACAGGACACCCUGACGGUGCAGCAGCGUUUCGGCUUGGGUUGUGUGUCCGGUGCUGUUGCUCACGCUGCCUUCUACCCUUUAGAGGUGAUGAAGGUGAGGUUGAACCUGCAGCAAGCUGGCACCUACAAUGGUGUUGUGGCAUGUGCCCAAUCUAUUUACAGACAUGAGUCGAUGUCCUCCUUUUACAGAGGAUUCAAGCCGAGCAUCCUCUGCAUGAUCCCCUACGCAGGUGUGGAGUGUGCAGUUCAUCAGUCAAUCAUGAACUGGGCAAAGAGUGAUCCAGCCUACAACAGUGACUCCAAACUGUUUUUCUUCAGUUUUGUGGCUUUUGCUUCUGGACAAAUGACCAGUUACCCACUGGCAGUGAUCCGAACUCAGCAGCAAGCACAAGCUUUCAGCUCAGAUUCACGUCCGGCUUCAGGUGUAUUACAAGGACUUAUAGAGAUAUAUGAAAGACGUGGAAUUAGAGGAUAUUAUAAUGGAAUGGGAGCCAGCUUCGUCAGGGCUAUUCCAUGUGCUCUGAUAAACUACACUUUAACUAGAAAAUUUGAAAAUGUGUUUUGCUCAACGGAGUCUUGAGAUCUAGCAAAGAAGGUGAUUUCUUUGCGUGCUGAAUUGUUGCUUUUAAAUUUAUUUUUUUAGGGAUUUAAUCAAGAACCCAAAGAAGACAAAAACUGUGAACUCUUAUUCAUGUUAAAUGAAUGUCUAAAAAUAACUGGAAUCCUUAAAAAAUGGCUGAAAUUGCAAGUCUGCCAGACAUGUAUUAUCAUGUGAUUCAACCUUUAAUUAACUGUAGCUUUUUUAAAGCUUGAGUUAAGGUUUACCACUGACCAAGAGCAUGAGAUAUGAGUAUUUAAAUACAGCACACCUCACUGAGUGCUGAUGCAUGGUUGACUUGUAAUUUACAAGUCUACAAGUGUAAUAAAUGCCCACUUAAGAUCGGGCUGUGUAAAUGAGGACAUGUGUGAGCUGUACAAUAAACUUUUAUUUCAUUACAGGCAGGCAUCUUCUUUUCCAUUUAACAUUAAACAGUGCUAAACAGUUA